AUGUUCCGUGCCUACACGCGAGUGGCAGCUACGCCCAACGGUCUUCUGUCCCGGUUCCGUGCAACCAGUGUCACUGGUGCGCGCGCACUGACCACAGAGACCCAACAGCGUAAGCCGCUGUUUGACAAAAUCCUCAUUGCGAACCGUGGCGAGAUCGCCUGCCGCAUCAUGAAGACCGCACGCAAACUUGGCAUCAAAACUGUCGCUGUGUAUAGCGAAGCCGAUGCCAAGGCGAUGCACGCGCAGAUGGCUGACGAGGCGUACCUGAUCGGCCCUGCGCCCGUCUCAGAGAGCUACCUGAAGACCGACACAAUCCUGGACUGUGGUCCGGCGGUCUGGCGCCCAGGCAAUCCACCCGGGCUACGGAUUCCUGAGGGUGUCUCGUUCAUUGGCCCGCCCGGGUCGGCCAUGCGCGCCAUGGGCUCCAAAUCCGAGAGCAAGCGCAUCAUGCAGGCGGCCGGAGUGCCUGUUGUGCCGGGCUACCACGGCGACAACCAGGAUGUGCAGUUCCUGAAGGAGCAGGCGGACAAGAUCGGCUACCCGGUGCUGAUCAAGGCAGUGCUGGGCGGCGGCGGCAAGGGCAUGCGCAUUGUCAACAAGCCUGAGGAAUUCGAGAUGAUGCUGGACUCGUCAAAGCGCGAGGCCAUCAAGUCAUUUGGAGAUGAUAAGGUGCUGGUUGAGAAGUACCUGACCACGCCUCGGCACGUGGAAGUGCAGGUGUUUGCCGAUAAGCUCGGCAAUGCGGUGCAUCUUUUCGAGCGUGAUUGCUCGGUGCAGCGCCGCCAUCAGAAGAUCAUCGAGGAGGCUCCUGCGCCCGACCUCCUGCCCGAGAUCCGCCAGAUGCUGGGCGAGAAGGCUGUAGCCGCAGCCAAGGCCGUCGACUACGUCGGCGCUGGUACCGUCGAGUUCAUCAUGGACAACGACACGCAGCAGUUUUAUUUCAUGGAGAUGAACACGCGCCUGCAGGUCGAGCACCCGGUCACCGAAAUGGUCACCGACACUGAUCUGGUGCAGUGGCAGCUUGAGCUGCAGGACGAGAUCAAAUGCACGGGCCAUGCCUUUGAGGCUCGUAUUUACGCCGAGAACCCCGACAACGGCUUUUUGCCUGACACUGGCCGGCUGCUGCAUCUAAGCACGCCGCAACUGGUGUGGGUGCUGGCGAUGCCUAUCUCUGUGUACUACGAUCCGAUGAUUGCCAAGUUGGUUGUGCGCGGCGAGGACCGCCAGGCUGCGCUGCGUGUGCUGCGCAAGGCACUGGGCGAGUACGAGGUUGUUGGACUGCACACAAACAUCGAGUUCCUGAAGCGUCUGUGCGAGUCGCCGGACUUUGUUGACGGCAAGGUCGAGACCGGCUUCAUCAACAAGCAUCUGGACGAGCUGUUCCCGAAAUCCGCCGGACCGUCGACCCAGGCCAUUGCCCAGGCAGCGCUGGCAUCGAUCAUCGAUACGAAUCUGCAGUUCAGCAGCGCCGGUGACAGCUCGCCCUGGGCUGCGGCUGACCUCUUCAGAGUCAACUUGCAGGGCAGCCAGUCAGUGAGGCUUGUGGCAAACGAGCAGGAAUUCGACAUUACGGUCACUGUGACCGGCGCCAACGCAUACGCGGUUCAGGUCAAGAAUGCGAGCGGCGAGACAAUCGCGACAUUUGCUGAUGCACAGCCGGCAUGGGUGCCGCAGCCGUCCGGAGGACAAUUGCAGGUUGUUCUUGAUAGCCGGCGGUGCAGUUCAAACGUUGUCUUCAACAGCAAGGAUUCGUCAGUUACUGUCUUUGACUAUGGCAAGACUGCCACCUUCACAGUGCCCCGGCCACAGUUCCUGGACAGUGCGGCGGAGGCUGGCCCAGGGUCGGUCACUGCACCCAUGUCGUGCAAGAUCGUGCAGGUGCUGGUUGAGCCCGGAGCUGAGGUUGCCCAGGACACGCCGCUGGUCGUGCUCGAGGCCAUGAAGAUGGAGCAUGUCAUCAAGGCGCCCAAGGCCGGCAAGGUCGUCGAUGUCUACUACAAGGUCGGCGAUCUGGUCGACGAGGGCAAGAACCUGGUCGCGUUUGAGGACAGCUGA